CACACAGUCGAUGGUGUUCUCACAGAGUUUCUAAACUAAUUAUAGCUCUUUUCUCGCGACUAUUCUACAGGUUUCAUUCCAUUUGAGGUCGCUGUUUUCCCAGUUGAUAAACUCGUCGGCGGUGAUCCUGUUACCUGCCUGCCUCCAUUUUGUGUUGGACGGCCCAGUUCCGGGUUUCCAAGAAGCGACAGAAACAGUUGUGAAGCGAGAGUCUCGCUUUGCUUGCUGGUCAAGAGGAGAGCAGAAUAAAAAGUAUAUGAAAAUAGGAUAUAAACUGGAGUUACGCGUACCUCGAAUUAGCUUUUGCACCGAAAUAUAACUUGUUUACAGCCAUAAUUAAGACGCCAGCAAAAUUUCACUUGACAGCUGUCGCGAGUAAACAGUAACUUAGUUAGCAAGCUAACUUUGGGUAUUGGAUUUAGUUGAUUUCACUAGCAAGCUAAUUUAGCUGCUAGUGUCCCCCAGUUUUUAUUAGAUUUUCUUCGCAAGUAACCAAGAGGUGCCUACUGCCUGGGAUUGUGUUAACUAGCAAACUUGCCACAACUGCAGUUUCCAUUCAUGUUGUUAUUGAAGACGAGACUCACAAUCCUUCGAGACAGGGAGUUUGAGAGUGUACCCAGAGCUGAGACAGUGAACAAACCUCCACCCCAAGGUGCCCACAGAGGGACAGGAUGCCCGUUCCUCCCCCUCCUCCUCCAGGACCCCCUCCUCCCCCCACCUUCAACCAGGCGAAGACUACAGCACCUAAGGCGAAGGGGAGAGGAGCGUUGCUCUCUGAUAUCUCCAAAGGAGCCAGGCUGAAGAAGGUUGGAGUGGUCAAUGACAGAAGUGCACCUGUUAUAGAGAAACCAAAGGAAAGUGGUGGUGGCGGUGGUAGAGGAGGUGGAGGAGGGAGCAGUGGUGGGUCAGGGGGAGGCCUUUUCGCUGGGGGCAUGCCAAAACUACGAUCAGUUGGAGCUGGAGACGCCUCAGUGGGCAGAUCCGCCCUGCGUCCCCCAGGCUCCAGACCUGCAGCCCCCCGGUCCACCCCAGGCCGCUCUACCUCCCCCUCCCCAGGAGACAAACCCUCCCCAAGAGACAAACCCUCCCCCCCGGAGCCCCAGCGCUCCCACCGCCCCUCUCUCCCCGACAUCUCCCGCCCCCCAACCAGUGCCAGCUCCUCCCACUCCUCCACUGGGGGCAUGAAACACAGCACAUCAGCCCCACCCGCUCCACCUUCUUCGACAGGGGGCAUGAAGCCUAGCACAUCCGCCCCAGCUCCUCCUCCGCCGUUUAACCGAGGUGGUUACCGCAGCAAUGUCCCGUCAACCUCGCAACAAAAGGCCCCAGUAGGCCCCAGCAACAGCCGGGAGAAGCCCCUCCCCCCGCCGCCACAAAGAGGCCCGGCUCCGCCCAGCUCUGGCCCCCCUCCUUCAUCGAGACCGCCUCCUUCCUCCACGCGGCCGCCCACUGGGGGGUCCUCGGCGCCGCCCCCGCCUUACAGGCACCCCUCUGCGGGCACCUCCAACGGCCCCACGGGGAACCAUGGUGGAGAUGGGGCUCCGAAACUUCCCCAUAGGCACAACUCACUGCACAAGAAGAACUCAGGCGGCAGCUACGGCGGACGCAAUCACGCACCUCCUCCACCCCCCUCGCCAUCUGCAGGACCUCCAGUGGGUGGCAGACCACCCCCACCCGCCAGGGAGCCCCCCAGCAAGAGAUCAGCCCCUUCUGCACCCAAUCCUGGGUCACGAAACGGGGGUGGUGGGCAAGCCCCUCUUCCCCCGCCCCCCUACCGGAUCCACAGUGCUGUCACUCCCAACACCACCUCCUCGGAGCCACCCCACCACACCCGGGGGCCCAGGCCCCCUCCACCCCCUUCAUCUUCCUCCCGCACCGGACCCCCGCCGCCUCCCCCGCCAAUCCGCAACGGACACUCCUCAUCCUCCAAGUCCAAUAUAGAGGAUUUUGAGUCCAAGUUUGACUUCCACCCAGUGGAGGACUUCCCACCCCCUGAGGAAUAUAGGAAUUUCACCAAGAUCUACCCCAGCAAAAGCAAUAAACCUGGACCAGGCAUGAUCCGGGGAGUACCUCCAGCGCCACCAUUGGCAAGGUGAACUAUGGAAUUCAGGAGCAAACGGACUUUAAGUCACUCGGUCUAAUCAGAGGACGUUCAGGGGAGUGGCACGACACUUGAAACACACACAGGCCUAAACAUAGACACUUUAUAUGACCAGCCAGAAACAAGUCAACCCCCAAACACUAUAGAAAGUUCACUAGUCUUGUUCGACGCUACUUUUUUACAAAACCCUACACUACCAGUCGCUCUCUUUUCCACAAACACUUCAGACACUUCUGUUUCAGCAUGAUAGAACAAAACCGCUGAGGAACUGACCUGUUUGACUGCUGUGGCCACAAGCCAAUCUUUCUGCAAGAUGGCGUGGCGUUGCAUUGUUUAUACUUUAUAGCAGCAGGACCAACUAAGAAUUCUGAAUACCAUCUUUUGAAAUGUGUGCAUAAUCCACGAUGAUGAUGAUGAUGAUGAUGAAUUCCUGCGAUAUAUGAAUUCAUGUUUUUUUUUAAAUGUUCUAUCGUUAACCGCAGUAACUGUGUCGUCAGUAGGACAAAAUAUGAGACACGCCAACGUCGGCAAAAAUGCGUUGGGUGUCAAUUGGUAUCUAUAGUACGUGGUGUGUUUUCUAUAGUUUUUUUUUUUUUUAAAUGCCGCGCUUCCAGUGCCCUGAGGAGAAGGUGUGGAAUAGAAUUCUCUCCUACCUUGAUGUGCCAAUAGUUGGGUGGAGUAGAAUGAGGGGCCUCACACUUAGGAAAGCUGUCGUUUGCUUCACGCAGAAAUGGCUUCGUUUUUUUGGUAUGAAACAGGGACAGGAGAAAUUACUUGAAUGCUUGUCAUGAUAUGAGAGGGCGAGUCUUGCUGACAGUGCGUGACACAGUGUAAAGACUGUGAGGGGCAUUCCCAAUUAGAUAUUUGUUUUGUUCUUCCUCAUGGCAUUGCUCUGUGGCAGCAUAACAGCUUAACCGUGGCGCCUGUGAAUGCCAUGUUUUUACACUAGAGAACAGAAAGUGCUGCUCUGAUCGGUUGCAGUCUAGAUUUAUCUGAAACGAAAAAUAAAUGCGUCUUCAUUUUGUCAACACUACGAAAUGUUUCAGGGAUCCACGUUGCCGCUCCUCUUUAAUGAUCGUUAGCUGCCAAAGCUCCUUUACUUUAUUGAUCAAGGAAGGCGUUUGAGAGUACUGUAUGAAAUUCUACUUUCACUUUGUUCAAUGCUGUUCCUGUUUCUUGCCACAAGGGGGCGAUCAUGGAUAAAUUAUUACCCUCAUUCCUUUCUUUGGACCAAGGGUAGCUUUGCAGGGCUGUCAGUCAUUCAACCCUGUCUUUCUGAAGUUCCUUCAAAGAACAAAAAAAAUGUAAUCUAUUUUUUGAAACUAGAAUAUUUGAUUUUACUGAGGUGGCCCUUUGGAAUAGACUGUAUCCUGGCCAGAGGGAAACCAUAAUGCUUGAGUUUUUAAUGCAUUCCUAUGCAAGGAACGGUUUUGUAUGUAUUCUCACUUCUCGUUGGUAGGAACUAACCAAAAAGGAAACACCUAGGUGCCAGAAGAAGGUGUAGGGUGAAGUUGAUCCUAGGUGCUGAUUUGGGGUCAGUUUUGUAUUUUCCCUACUAAUGUUUUAAGGUUAGGAUUGGGGAAGGGAAUCUUAUACUAGAUCUGUACCUAGGGGAAACUUCACCUGGAUCACCAGGGAACUAUUUGGGCAAAAUAGGCCCCAGAAAUGUCAUCAUGGUGGAUUUAUAUAAUUUUUAUGACUUAGGAGCUCCUAAAUGUGUGAUAUCUAAACUGUCGUUACAUUGUAGCUUUGUGAUUUCUGUUAUGAUUCCACUACAGUGAAAGAGAACUACAUGGACCAGCUACAUGAGAAUAGAUUCCUUUCUCUUCUCCAUUCCUUUUAUGUAGUCCCCAGGCUGGUUGUUGCCUUACACAUCUAUUGUCAUACUUAUCGGUACCAGUGCAUUUGAUAAAAAUAAAAGUGAGUCUAUUCAAAAUGCAAUAAAUAAUGUAUAUUUACAUAAAGUAUGAGAAAUAUGGUAAUCGUAGUUAUUGAUAUAUUUUAAUGUUUGUAAAAAGCUUGUAAUAUAGGGAGGAAAUUGAUUAAAAAGUUUAACAGUCCAGUUGUGGGCUUUGUCUGACAGCCAGAGAGAUGGGUCUCUUUGCAGCACUUCUCUGUAUGUCUGACUGUGUGUGUAAUUUGUGUGAUUGAUGGAUAUGUUUAGUCUCACACAGGUGACUCAUUGACUAUGUGUGAUUCUCAUGUUCUCACCCUGUUCAUUUCACUUGUUAAUCAACCAUGUUUUAUCAUUUGAAAUAAAUAUAUGCUUUUGGGGGGAAAAUGGGUA